AUUGAAUUCCACUCGGUGUCUAGGGCUUCGUCAUCCUCUGUUCGUGUUGCUUUUUUGUAACGCCGGCAACGCCCAUAAGCUCCGACCAUCGACACGGCCACACCUUCCACGAACUAUCACCGACGACGUUCCACCAGAGUUUUUCUCCAUUUUUGUCGACGUGUUAUAGACCCACUCUCAUUCAACCUCAAAUUUGAGUUUCCCAUUUCUUAAUUGAAUUGAUUCAAUUCCCAUUUCUAUCUAUUAUUAUGAACAAAGGCAUCGGUGGUGGAACUGGCCCCACUGCAGCGGCUGCGGCGGCGGCAGCUCAGAAGCAGAAACUGCUUCUCCAGAGAGUGGAAACUGAUAUAGCCAAUAUUGUUGACAAUUUCACUCAUCUUGUCAACGUCUCUAGAGUGAACGAUCCACCAGUUAGAAACUCACAAGAAUCUUUCAUGAUGGAAAUGCGUGCGGCCAGAAUGGUUCAGGCAGCUGAUUCUCUGCUGAAGUUGGUUUCAGAACUUAAGCAGACAGCAAUAUUUUCUGGAUUUGCUUCACUAAACGAUCAUGUGGAGCAAAGAAUUGUGGAAUUCAAUCAGCAGGCACAACAGACUGACCGUCUUUUAUCUAGAAUUGGUGAAGAAGCUGCUGCCAAUUUGAAGGAGCUUGAAUCUCAUUAUUAUUCUUCAACACAGAGAACUGAUCAGAACAGCCUGACGUGAUUUAGAGUGGAAAGUGGAAUUAAUGAUGCGAUGCUGUUGGCUUCUAAACUCAGUUGCUUGCUAACAUGGAUAAUGAAACGUAAUAUAACACUUCUAACUUUUUCUCUCUCGUUUUACUAUAACUUCCUUCUUCACUUGAAAGUGCCUAAAAAAAUAGCAAACAUGAUAGGAAAUAAGUAACUCAUUCCGUUGUCUGAAUUAAUUCAGAGAGGACGAAACAUGUAUGUUGACUUUGGCAGGUAAAUUCAGAAAUUAAUUUUAUAUAGUU